AUAUAUAUAUAUCUACAGCGCAUGCCCAUGCAUUCAAGAACAGGCAACAUCUCGCAAUGCUAUGAGCCAGAAAGUACCCCAACUUCUCAAAUCAGUCAAUUAACGUCGUGCAAAAUGCAAACUCGUCAUCUAAAUCUGGCACAGCUUAAUUACGGAGUAUUAUUAGGAGAUGAGUCGAUGAGCCACAGACAAGAUCAAAAUGACAUACAGCCAGAAUGGAUAGGAUAUAAUAUAUACUAUAAAGUAAAUAUAUAUACAUGUAUAAAAGCCCCGUCCCUUUUUAUGAUUCCCCACAAAUGCAAUCUGUCCCAAAACCAUGCCCCAAAACGCCGUGCUAGCAAUGGUAUCCAGGCAAAACAUGCAUGCAAAACGUCUUGUUGUCCAAAGGAAACCCAGCAGAAAUGCAUCGAAUAA